AUGACUGAUGUGGAGCCUGUGGUCACAGAUUUUGCAGCAUCAGGACGGGCAGGCCGCCGGAACGCCUUACCAGAUAUUUUGGGCUCUCCUGCUGGUGCUGGGACUUCAGACCUGCCACACAAACUGGCUGAGCUCUCCGUGUCGGAAG